GCGACCACGCCGAGCCCCCCAUGGCCACAGCGCGGCAAGUAUACGCGCCGUAGAGGUGAAAGUCACAUAAUGCAUUCCCUAUGACCUCUACACCACCCGGCAAGAAUCUUCACACCCCAACUCGCCAACACCUCACUCGGUUACAGAGCAUUCCAGCAUGACCAAGUCUUCCACCUCAUCCAAGGCCUCGUCUGCGACACUGAAUGAGACAUCCGAAGAAUACCUCGCAGCUGUGUCCCUCGCUGGGCUUCUCGUGUGGGUAUUCAAGGACAUCGCUGGUCUGGACGCAAUGCCCGUGGUUGAGUUGUCCCGGCAGCUGUUGCUUGCUUUGCACACGUUUCUCCCCACGUAUGGACCCCAGAAGGGCAAGGCUAACGACGCCUUUUCCAAUGCACUUCGCUUGUUCAAGCCUGAGAUGAUCCAGAUCUUCCUGUGCGUGCUCAGCCCCGAGUGGAAUAGGGAUGACGUCAUGGUGAGCGGCGCCGAUGCGAUGAAGGCUAUCAAGGCCAUGCUGAGCGACCAUCACGGUACCCUGGCCAGCGCGUGCGCCCAGCCGUGUACCACACAGCUCAAGGCGAUUGUCAAGUACCUGGGUGGUGAUCCGCUCAAAGAUUCUGCUUGUACCGGCGACCUGCCUCUGGACUGGGCCGCGCUGAGUGCUCACUCGCACGCGUCCUCGCCGCCAGGACCGUCUUCCAUCACUGGCCGCAAACGCACCCGGGAUGAUGACGACGACGACGUGUGCGAGUACGGAUGCGCCGACCCUGAGAUCUGCAAUGUCGUUCAUGGCCUCCCCGCUCCGACCGUGAUUUCGGUCAUCUACCUGGAGCACGAGCGCGCCAUGAAGGAGACUGGCUGUGUCAUCGAGGACGACCCAGAGUUGUGUGAGACUCCCCCUCUCAAGAUGUCCAGCAUCGAGAUUGUCCUCCCCAAGCCGACGCGCGCCUCGACGAUGCGGAAGGAGCGCAAGCCUGGCAAGACCGUGUCUCCGCGCGAUGUCUUUGGCCCCCAGUGA